GCGCAAACAGACUGGAGAAAUGUCAAAAUAUUUCCUGAAUUUAUUUUAGACAAUUUGGAGGAUAACAGCCAAAUUUGUUCGAAAGUAUAGUCUAUUUGCUACCAUAUAUUGAAGGAUUAUACAGAGAAUCAAUAUGUAAUCUCAACGGGUCCAAAUCCUUUUUUGUCUUGUCGAAAAUGGCUUCUAAAGACGAACACAGUUUUGUUGAACAUGAAAAAAAAUCUGAACCUUUUCCAAAAGAAAGAUCAUCACAUGAUGAUACUGAAACAAUAAAAUCAACUCAUUUUCAAGUCGAUUCUGAUGAAGUCUUUAGUAAUGAAAGUGCGAGUGACACAUUACUUCAGAAAUCGGAGACGACUCACACUUUGACAAAUUGUGACUCUGUUUCUUCUCGAAACAACUCUGUUUCAGCUACACAUGAUGGUGCAACAGUUGGAACAAGUGAAUCUGAUAGCAAUAGUGCAACAACUCCUAAGGUUAAUGUUGAUAUCUCAAAACAUUGGCAUGAUUCAUCGGACUCAGCCAAAUUAUUAGACAAUGAAGAAACCGGUGAUAUUAACUAUGUGCAAUAUGAAACAAAUAAGGAUAGUGUUACUGAAAAGAUUGAAGAAUUUAAUGCAAAGGGAUUACAAGGAGUUGAUUUGAGUAUGCCAAUUGGUGCUCAUCUUGGAGAUUACGCUAUAACAUCAGAUGAUCAAGAAAGCUUGACUAGCUCCAGUAUACGGAAUAGUUCAAGUAAUAGUACAGAUAUUAGCAAUGCAAGUAGUAGUAGUGAUGGACAUUUUUCUAGUGGAAGUGAUUACAUUCCAAAUGGGGGCCUUCCAAGACCAGAUUCAUUGACUCUACCAAGGCCUCUACAGAGCUAUGAACGUUUAAGGGAGGAUCGAUCUGAGGCAGAGAGUGAUGACCUCAAUUUACCAUUAUGGGAGGAAGACUCAAUAGAAGCUGCAAAGCGUACUCCCUUUCCUGGUACAUUGGUGAAGGAUGGGGAAAUGGUAUCCUAUGUUGCACAAGACUUACAAGAAAUGAUUCGACUUAGCAGUCCUCUUUCUGUAAAAAGUACACCAGAUUCAAGUGCUAGUCACACUCCAAUGAGCAGCCAUAGAGUUAGCAGAACAUCAAGCCUACGUAGUCUGUCAAGCAAUGGCUCAAUGUCCACCUCUACCUAUUCCACAAUGUCACAAUCACCAAGCAGUCUUUUUGCCCAAAGUCCUGAGGAUAUGCCACCCAUUGACCCCAGGGUUGUCCUUGACCUUGAAUUACAUGCCAGAAAGGUUGCAGGGAAUCUUGAUUUAAUGAUGGGUAAUCUUAAAUCAAAUCUACACAAGAUGUCUGCCAUAUCUGCAACUUGCCUUGAGCUUUACAGAGAUUCUGUGGACCAUACAUGUGACUCAGUGGAUGCGAGUAUAAAGUCCAUGUAUGCUCUUAUGGCCAAAUGUGAGGAACUUAGCUAUACAAUGACACCAAUAUACAAAAUUGCAGAUCAAAUAAAAGAAAUUAACAGGUUGCUUGAUAUAUUUGAGACUAAGAUAAUGAAAGAAGAGAAGACAACUGGAAAGAAGAGUUGAUGAAAAUGGAACUCUUCAAUCUGAUGAACAACUUACUAGUCAACUUGUUCAGUACAGUAGUUUGAAUUUGCUUCAUUGAGUACUACAUGUAUAUGCCUCUUGGCCACUACAACACUGGAUACUGGAUACUACAACCACACGCAUUCAUUUAUUUGGCUUACUGUGCACAAAUAUUUACAUGUAAACAUUUUAAAAUAUUUACACGAUUGAUGUCUUUUGGUCCUUUUAAGCCAUAAUGAACAAAGGACUGCGGGUGAAUGACAUACCUAUAAAUGGGAAGGACCUAUCCUACUAUUGUUGGAAUAAUAUUCACCUAUGAGAAGGAUUCAAUAUGCAGCAAUAACCAGCAUUUAACUGAGUGAAUGAUUGUAAUUUUGGAGCAUAUGAAUAACUGAGAUGAAUAUACUGAUUUAAAAGUGAAUGUUUAUAUGAGAUGCUUUGGUAAGAGAACGUGAAAAAUAGCCUAUGAAUAUGAUUCUAAAAUCCUGGAUGGAUUAUUUUAUAAUUGUAAUAGUAAUUGUGCAAUAAAAAGUGCUGAUGAAGAUUUAAGACAUAUGCUUGUUCAAUUCUGCUCCAGUCAUUGUAAGGAUAUAGCAUUCAAAAGCAUGGACGAGUCAUAGCAUUACACAGAAACUAUAUAAUUACAACUUUCAAGAUGCAAAA